AUGCCUGCCUUUAGCCAUGCGAGUGAAACUAGUGAACGCUCUGAGACUGAUAACUCUAGUGAUCUUUCUUCUCGGGAUGUCAGUCCUAUUGAUGAUACUCAAGGCAGCGAACCUGGCUCGCAGAGUGAUAGAGAGGGAGCCGAUUCAGAAUCAGAAAACAUCUUCUGGCGAGGGCUUGUCAACUUGAACGAGCUGCAAGCUGAGACCCAGAGGCUAUAUCCUGGUAUAUUUUCUAAUGGAACAAUUCUGGGUUGGCGAGGGAACGGAUUCGGCUACUCUGUGAUUGUUGGAUAUAAAACUGGGGGGACAACGAUAGCUCGUGUUGAACCGUUACGAAGACGUCCGUUACCAAGCAAUGAUCUCCACAUAUCUUCCACUUGCCGUGGUAAGAGGCGAAUGGACAACACUGAUGAAUACUGGUCAGUAGCCCAGGUUGCCUCUGUUGGUCUUAUUGCAUGGCGAGUAGAUGCUAAAUAUAACGACAACCCUACUGCAAUACUUCGCCCUAUGCUCAAGGCCUGGUAUCCGGAGACUUAUAUUCAAGUCUUCUGGCAGGGCGGUGGAAAUUCCUGGGAGAGUCGUGGUAACUUUCGUCAUAUUUAUUGUAUGACUGAUCUAGAAGCCGACAUCCUGAUCUAUCGAAUGGCAAUACACCAACAAAGUGAAUACGAAUUUGCUCUGACUGGCCAAUACCCAACAUUGCCUGAUGGUGGGAAUAUGCAAAAUCUACAUUGGAGGAACACAAAUGCCGAUGGGAAGGCACAUUGGCUGACGCCCCGAGCAAGGAAUAUUCUGGCCGUGCUCAUUCGAGGCACAGAGGCCAUACUGAGGCUGAUAUUGGGGAACAAGAUACUGAACAAAGUUCUGCAGAAUCUGAUGAGGGAUUUCAUGAAGAAUCGCAUGAUAAUAAUCAUGAUCAUGAAAUUGGACAUCCCAUAG